AUGCAGUUGAAAAGACGGGAAGUGGGCCCUGAUGGAAAGAAAGUCAAGCCCGUGGGAUUCAUUCGAACGGGUAUUCGCAUUGUUCAGAAAGAAACGCCGCUCGGUCUUUAUAAGGGACUUGGAGCUGUUAUUGCUGGAAUCACGCCGAAGAUGGCCAUUCGAUUUUCGACGUAUGAGUAUUUAAAGGAGAAAUUGACACCCGUUGAUAAACCCAUUUCCACGCUGAACACGUUUGUAGCAGGUGUGGGUGCCGGUCUGACUGAAGCUGUACUGAUUGUGAAUCCUACUGAGGUUGUUAAGAUCCGACUCCAAGCCCAAGCACAUUCGCUUGUCGACCCAGUGACAGGACCUAAAUACAGAAAUGCUGCCCACUGUGUAUAUACAGUGAUUCGCGAGGAAGGAAUCGGUGCUAUGUAUAGAGGAGUGGUGCUAACAGCAGCACGACAGGCCAGUAACCAAGGUGUUAACUUCACAGUCUACUCUGGACUCAAAGCCAAACUUCAAGAAUUACAGCCAGAAUACCAGAUGCUGCCAUCAUGGCAAACAUCCAUUAUCGGACUGAUUUCCGGUGCUUUAGGACCACUUUCCAACGCACCUCUCGAUACAAUCAAGACCCGAAUGCAAAGAGAAGGCGGCCAUUCCACCGAAAGCGGACUGGCCAGAUUCACCCGAAUUGCUAAACAACUCAUCCAACAAGAAGGAACUGCUGCUCUGUACCGCGGUAUCACACCCCGUAUCAUGAGAGUGGCACCUGGCCAGGCCGUUACCUUCACCAUCUACGAAAUGGCCCGCGGCCAGCUCAACAAAAUCCCCAUCUUCAACCAGACUCCCGCGUGA